AAUUGAUAUAAUAAAAAAGAUGAAAACAGCUAUUGCAUUUGCAGUAAUCGUUGCAUUGGCCAUUUGUGUGCCUCCAAUUCCAAGCCAUCCAGAUGGAUUUGUCUUUAGUUCACCAGAGACAAAGAAGGCUAGAAUUGAUAUCUAUGAAGAUUUACUCUGCAUUGACUGUAAGCACUUUGAAGGACCAUUCAAGAACUUCCUCAACUCCCAUGAGGUAGACGGUGUCGCAAUUACAGAUCUUGUUGAAGUUGUCGUGCACAUCUUCCCAUUACCAUACCAUCAUCAUGCUUUCUUCCCAGCUCAACUCGGUGCCUUCAUUGCUGACCAAAAUAAUAACCAUACUGAGUUCUUUGAAUACUCUGACUGGAUCUUUGAUCACCAAGACGAGUUUAACUCUGGAUCCGUAGAAUUAACUCAACCUCAGGUACAGGCCAAGCUUUGUGCUGAAGCUUCUGCCGAUCUUGCUUUCCUUGAUGAAAGUGCCUGCUUGCAAGAAUUCAGCAACAAUGAUCACAACAAUGAUGCUAGGAUUUCAUUCAAGCUUGCUGCUUACUACGGAGUUAAUGGAACUCCAACUACCUUCCUUAACGGAGUUGAAGUAGAUGCCCCACUCACCACUCAAGGAUGGGUAAACCUUGUUAAGCCUUAUGUGACUUCUGAAGCUACUGCUUUCUAAGGUACGUACAAAAAGUGCCCAAUAGAAAAGGUU